AUGUCCUUAAGCUUGUGCCUCACCGGUGAGGCAUUGACAGUUGUGGGUCGGAUGACACCAGAGCAGUCAUUGGAUUAUUCUAAAGUCAAACUUUCCCUGCUACAGCGGUUUCGUUACACCACUGAAGGGUACAGAGAGAAAUUCAGGGAAAGCAAGCCAGAGGAGGCAGAGACGGGGAAACAAUUUGCAGCCCGACUUCUUGGGUACUUUGAUCGCUGGGUUGAAACUGGAGAAAUUGCGAAGACGUUCGAGGCCCUGAAAGAUCUGAUAGUUGCGGAACAGUUCUUAAAAUAUUGUCACCCAAUGCUAUCAGUCUUCUUAAAAGAGAGGAACUGCAAGACGCUCGAAAACAUGGCAGUAACCGCGGACCACUUCUUAGAGGCGCAGGGCCAAACUAACUUGGCAAAAAGGAACAAUGACAGCCUGAACAGUAACAAGGGUGGAGAUCGAAGUAAGGAGGAUACCCGAAUUCCACCCACCGCUAGGGGGAGGAGUCAAUGUUUUCUCUGCAACAAGCCAGGUCACAAGGCAGCAGACUGCUGGGCGAGCACCAAGGCUCAACGCUUACCCGUGUGUUGGAGAUGUGGGAAAACGGGACACAAGGCAGCAGCAUGUAACUGGAAACCGCAAGACAAGCAGGAUAGACCUCCUCAGGCUUCCUGUAUGCUUUCCGUUCGACCAACACCUGACGAGACCGACCCAGAUGACACAUAUGUCCUACUGAAAAACGGGGACAAAAUCCCAGUGGUGAAUGCGGCACUUGGAAAGGCUCCACGAUUUCUAGUAAAAAACAUGCCAGUGGUUCGGGGAGAAGUGGGAGAUCGAGCUGCCACAGUAUUGCGAGACAGUGGGUGUAACACGAUUGUAGUGAACAGAGACCUGGUUACGGAUGAUCAGCUAACUGGGGUUUCCAGUCCGGUGUUUUUGCUGGAUAGGACGGUCAAAUAUCUGCCAGAGGCAGAAAUGGAUGUAAGAACGCCUUAUUUUACAGGCAAGGUAUUGGCGAAGUGUAUGGAGAACCCUCUGUAUGAUUUGGUACUCGGGAACAUUGAAGGGGCGAGAGGGAUUGAUGAUCCAGAUGAGGAAUGGGAGGGAGAAGGAUCAGGGAGAUCUAAAAGAAGUGAGGAGAGUAACAUGCUGAUAAGCACGUCCGUGCGGCACGAGACUGCCGGCAGGAUGACCCAAGACGAGGGUGAAAGGAUGCCAGACGACGGUGUUCUGGAUAAAGAAAGAAAAUACGCAGGGGCGCUCAGAAAGGGGCGCUCAGACAGCCAAAGGACGUUUUCCGAGUUACCAGUCAUGACAUUGGAUCCGAUUGACAUUGACCACGCUAAGCUGAAGGAGGCACAACGUAGUGAUGAAACACUGAAGAGGUGUUUCGCUGUCGUUGGCACAGCGUUUGUGUCGGGAAAAUCGCAGGAAUCCGAGUUCUUUCUACACAACUGUAUUCUCUACAGAAGAUACAAGGACUCGUCGCAAAAACAGUGGAAACAGCUGGUGGUCCCCAAAGAAUUCCGGCAGAUUGUGUUGAAGCUCGCUCACGAGGGGAUCAUGGCUGGCCACCAAGGAACAGGAAAAACCACCGAUCGUAUCCGUGAGGAAUUCUAUUGGCCGGGAAUAACAGCGGACGCGAAACGAUUCGUGAAAUUGUGCGACAUUUGUCAGAGGACUAUCCCGAAACACUUGGUUAUCAGGGCACCCCUAGAAAAUAUGCCUAUCAUUAGUACACCAUUCCAUAGAGUUGGCAUAGAUAUCAUCGGACCUAUCAAUCCGGGUUCAGAGUCCGGCAGCAGGUAUGUUCUGACGGUGGUGGACUUCGCAACCAGAUACCCUGAUGCAAUCCCAUUGAAGAGCAUUGACACCGCGGAAGUCGCAGAGGGUCUGUUACAGAUAUUUGCCCGAGUAGGCUUACCACGAGAAAUUGUGAGCGACCGAGGGUCAUGCUUCACUUCAGCUUUAAUGAAGGAGGUCAGCCGCUUGCUCUCGCUCAGACAUCUGACCACGACGCCUUACCAUCCAAUGUGCAAUGGAUUGUUCGAAAGGUUCAAUGGGACAAUUAAACAAAUGAUUAAACGGAUGUGCCAAGAAAAACCGAGGUGUUGGGACCGGUACCUUAAUCCGUUGUUCUUCGCGUACCGGGAGGUGCCGCAAAGCAGCCUAGGAUUUUCACCCUUCGAACUUCUUUAUGGCCGACAUGUUCGCGGUCCUAUGACAGUGUUGAAGGAACUCUGGACAAAUGAAAGCAUAGACCCCGAAACGAAAACAACCUAUGGUUAUAUGGUGGAUCUUCGACGGAGACUAGAAGAGACUUGUAAGACCGCCCAUGAGGAAUUGAGGAAAGCUCAAAUGACCCAAAAGAGGUACUACGACAAGAAAAGUGGAGUUCGACAACUGAAAGAGGGAGACAGAGUCCUCAUCUUGUUGCCAACGGACAAGAACAAGUUGAUUCUGCAAUGGAAAGGACCAUUUCCAGUAUUGAAAAGGAGGAAUAACGUGGACUACCUAAUAGACCUAGGAAGAAAGUCUACUGUAUUUCACAUCAAUAUGCUCAAAAAGUACGAAGAGAUGGAAGUUCUAUGUGCUCCCCGUCAAGCCCUGGUUGGCAUUACCAUCGAAGAGGAGUCAGAGGAGCAAGACAUUCCUAGUGUCUGCCUUAGCCAACUGGAAGGCUACAACGAUGUACAGAUGUCAGAGGAGCUAACUGAACGGCAAGCAGGAGAGGUCUAUCAACUGCUAGAAGAAUUUCGAGACGUAUUUUCGGACUGUCCCGGUCGAACCAGUCUCGUACAGUGCAAACUGAGAUUGACAACGGACACACCAAUUCAAGUACGCCCGUAUCCUGUCCCUCUAGCACUGCAAGACGCUGUGGAAAUGGAGGUAGACGAGAUGCUACAACAAGGCAUUAUUGAGAAAUGUGACUCAGCCUACAGUUCACCGUACCUUAAUUCAGCCAGAAAAUUAAACAACCGGGUACUGAGGUGGAGUUUACUACUCGCCGAAUACGACUUCCACGUCGCGUACAUCAAGGGAAGCGAAAACUUUGGAGCAGACUUUUUGAGUCGCUUGUAA